AUGGCUAGUGCGGCAAUUUGGGGGGUCGUAGUCGGUGGUUUUCUCGUCUACGUAGUCGUCAAGAGUAUCUACCGACUAUAUUUCCAUCCUCUUCACAAAAUCCCGGGGCCAAAGCUUGCGGCCAUUACAACUUUAUAUGAAUUUUAUUUCAAUGUAAUCAAACAGGGAACCUUCAUCUGGGAGGUGGAAAGAUUGCAUAAAGUCUAUGGACCGAUCAUUCGCAUAUCCCCACGGGAGGUGCAUAUCAAGGAUUCCGACUAUUACGACGAAAUAUACGCCUCGAGUGCCAGACGACGGGAGAAGGACCUCAUCCAUGUAACUCGGCUUGACCUCAAUAAGUCUUCGUUCGGCAGCAUCUCACCAGAAGUCCAUCGGCAGCGCCGAGCGCCCGUGGAAAAGUUUUUCUCGAAAGCAGCAAUCACUAACAACGAGCAUAUCAUCAAACGGUAUUUGGACAAGUUCAUUCAGUAUCUCCAUCGUGCAUGUGAGUCGAACAGUGUCGUCAGUCUAGACGCGGGGUUUUCAGCUUUAACGUCCGAUAUCAUUCACCAAUAUGGAUUUGGUUUCGACAGUGGCAAUCUUGAGAAGGAAGAUUUCAAUCAAGGCAUCAGGGAUGGUAUCAGUGCGCUCUUGCGAUCGGUGCAUAUCGCAUUUUUCUUCCCAUUUAUCCAGACCAUCAUGAACGCCCUCCCGCUUGAGGCAGUGAAAGUGAUUAGCCCAUUUGCCUUUGCCCUCAAAGAUCAGAAAAACAAAAUUCGCAAUGUGGCAAUCGAUGCGCUUGCAGGGAAGCGAUUGGACAGUCCCUCAAUAAUCAGGACGCUGGUCGCUCCCAACGGACCGGCGCAUUUACGGGAUGUCGAGUGCCUCACCGAUGAAGGAUUCGCCAUGGUGAUAGGUGGAACAGAAACAACCACUCGUUCUCUUUCCAUUGGUUUUUUUCAUAUUCUCAACAACGAUAACAUCCGAAGAAAACUUCGAGAAGAGCUGCAAUCCGUGAUGCCGACGCCUCAAAGCGAGCCGACGUGGAAUGAACUAGAAAAGCUGCCGUAUCUGACCAAUGUCGUUUUGGAGGCCUUGCGUCUUUCCACGGGAAUUGCCAACCGAUCCCCUCGUGUUGCGCCGACCGAGGCGUUGGUGUAUAAAGACCAUGUUAUCCCAGCAGGCUAUCCUAUUAGCCAGAUGAACUACUUUGUUCUAAUGGAUCCUAAUAUCUUUCCUGACCCCCAUACCUUCGACCCAGACAGAUGGGCGCGGGCCGCUGCCAGAGGUGAACGGCUAGAUAAAUAUCUGGUUAAUUUCUCCAAGGGCAGUCGUGUUUGCGUUGGACUCAACCUGGCCUACGCGGAACUCUAUAUUACUAUCGCAGUGCUAAUCCGCCGGUUUGAGUUGGAGCUGUAUAAGACAACGAUCAAGAAUCUCGAAUUUGCGCGUGAUUUUGGAACGCCUUGUCCCGACGAGGGCAACCCUAGUAUUCAAGUGUUCGCCUUCAACUUCAACGCUCUUGCCUCUUGUUUCCGCCUUCCAUCGUUAGUGCACGGUUUCCACCACAUCGCAACUUUUCUUCAGUUUGUCAACGCAUCCCCCAUCACCACCUCUCGCAUCUCAUCUACAUCGUGCAACCAGAACAUCAAAAUGCCUUCCAGCGUGCAAGCCAAGGCCGCUCUGUCCCUUAUCGAGACAGACAAGUCCAAAAUUCUCGGCCUCAGUGUGGGCACUCACAAAAACGUCCAGCCAGGAGAUUAUAUUCCUCGAGCGGAUGCCCAGUCGCCGCCUGAGCUCUCCUUCUCGGGUCUAGAUUCAUCCAAGACCUAUCUUGCUGUGAACUUGGAUAUCGACGCCCCUUUCCCCUCCUGGGGUGUGCUUGGCCCCAUCCUGCAUUGGAUCCAGCCUGGUGUCAAGGCAUCCGAGUCCGGUUCUCUCACUACCACUGGUCCCUUCGUCGCAAACUACAUUGGCCCUGCUCCGCCUCCGGGCAGCUCUCCUCACCGCUAUAUCUUCUUCCUGUACGAAGAGCCUGCCGGGUUUGAUGCGAAGCAGCAUGCUCCUCCGAACGGGCAGAACCUGAGUAACUGGAACCGCAUGCGCUAUGACUUUGAUGCCUGGGCUAAGAAAGUCGAUCUUGGUCCUAUUGUGGCUUUCAACUACUUUACCAGCAACUAA